GUCUGCGUCUCCAUUUCUUAAUCACUAAGAAGCCGCUUCGCAAACCCAACGGCGUCGUCGUCCUCGCGGUUCCAUUCCAGCUUUCCCUUCGAUCCUUCUCUUCCUCUCUUCUCCGAUCCCUUCCCGUCCAAAUUCCAAUUCGAUCGAGUACCAGAUCCCGUAGAUGGCGGAGGAAACCGCUUCCUCCCCCGUCGGUGAUCCGGACGCCGUGCUGACUCCAAAGCGGCAGCAGCGCAGGGGCUUCGUCUCCCGGCUCUUGAGAGGGAUCUUUGCAGCUGACGAUGACAUCCAGAAGAAGUUGGAGCACAUCUCGAAGGAGGAGGCAUCGAUCCACUCCCGGUUAAAGAGAAGGGCGCAAUCGUCGCGGAAGAUCGCCCGGAAUGUUAUCUUCCUCUCAGUGAUUAUCGAGGUUGUAGCUGUGAGCUAUGCUAUAGCUAGUACAAGAUCAAAAGAUUUGGAUUGGAAAAUGAGAGCUACUUGUGUUUUGCCUAUGUUUAUAAUACCUGUCUUAUCAACUGUUGUCUACUCCUCACUUCUGCGACUCACAAGAUUGCUUGAUAAGAAGGACCAGAAAACCCUUGAAAGGCUUCGUGCUGAGAGAAAAGAAACAAUUGACGAGCUCAAGGAGAAAACAAAUUAUUACAGUACACAACAACUCAUUCAGAGGUAUGAUCUCGAUCCUGCUGCAAAGGCAGCUGCAGCAACUGUUUUGGCAUCUAAACUUGGUGCAGAUUCCGGCUUAAAACUCCAAGUAGGAGAAGAAAUUUCAGAUCCAUCAGGCAAAAGUCAUGAUGUUGAACUAGUGCAAUCUUCCGGUUUACGUAACAGAAAGCCAUCACGUGCAGUAGCUUCCAGUUCUGGGAGCACUACAUCUGAGUUAAUUGAUGACGCCUUUAAUGACUUUGCCACUACCAAUCAAGGAAUUAGCUCUCCGAACCAUAGGGUCGUGGAACACUUUAAAGGUUCAGUCUUCAGCGAAGGGAGUUGGCUUUCCCGAAUUGCAGCCUUGCUCGUGGGAGAGGAUCCAACUCAGUGCUAUGCGCUGAUUUGUGCCCACUGUCACAUGCACAAUGGUUUAGCCAAGAAAGAGGAUUUUUCCUACAUUACCUAUUACUGCCCCCACUGCCAUGGAUUAAAUGGACAAAAGCAUCAGGAGGAACAUGAAAUGAGUAUUGAUUCUGGAAAGGACACGCCUAUCUCUUCUCCAUACAGCGAUAACACCUACCAAAGUGAGAACAACACUAGUUUAACUACUAAGGAUGCUGUCAGCAGCAGUUUAGCGAUGGUAAAAGAGAGCCCCGAAGAUGUUGAUGAGGACGUGCGUAACAAUGCUACUGGAAUUGCAGGUUUGGUAAAUGAAAAAAUUGAUGAAAAAGAAUCGGUUAAGACUGCUACUUGAAAUUUGUGUUUCUUUGAGAAGAUUGCCCGUGCAUCGUUUUUUUUUAUUAGAAUGAAUCUUACUUCUUUUGUGUAUAUUAAAAGCACUUGAUAGGUGGCUGUAGGUAAUUACGGAUUUAUUUGUGGCCAUUUGGUUCCAUCUCAAAGGUAAUUACGGACUUAUUCGUGAAAAUAGAUACUAUCAAUCUUGGUAUUUGCUGUAUUUGCCUCUGUUUCAUCAUGAAAACAGUGAUAAAGAUUUCUUGUUUA